UUUUAACACACUUGAUUAUGAUUACCCUCUUUAGAGAGAGAGAGAAAGAGAGAAAGCCCCCCAAAAGAGGUCCGUGGGCAAAUUCGCCCUGCUUCUCGUUCUUGGCACUCCCAUUCGGUAUAUCCAUUGUCCGUUAGAAGUGCAUGUGGGAGAGAUGUGAAAAGUACUUACUGUAUGUACUGUACUUACUUAUUUCUACCCUUAACUUAGUGAUCGGUAAAGUUCAACGGUAUAGCCCAGUUAGGCAGUUGCAAGGUUAUUGCCAGAUUGCUUGUUCCAUCCACUCAUUCCCUCCCAAAUGCCAUCUACGUCAGGUUUUGGUGAUUCAUAGCUGACGAGAAUGGCCCCAUCUCAUCCCUAUCCCUACCCUUCUCUAGUCAAGUUGAGGUCCGAUCACCAUCCGAGAUGAUCUGUGAUAGGCUCAAGUGAACGGACAAUGUCCACCUCUCGGGCACAGGGAUCGACCUGAGUCGUUACACAAGGCAAUACUGGUC